AUGGGACGCGAGGAGCAGAUUGAGGAGCGGGAGGUUCUCGACUCUAUCUUCCCAGACGAGAUUACAGACAUAUCCGAAACCGAGUACAGGAUAUCAGUUACCCUCGACAUCCCAGACGAUGAAGCCGAACCGCCAGUCAUGCUACUCACGGUGCGGUAUCCGGAAGAUUACCCGGACAAGGCGCCUUUGCUGGAGUUAGCGGCACCUCAGAACUCUACGCCUCACGAAUACCUGAACAUUGCCGAGGACAAAGACCGACUGCUUCAAGGGCUGGAAGCUACCAUCGAAGAGAACCUGGGUAUGGCCAUGGUGUUCACUCUGGUGUCGGCCUUGAAGGAAGCCGCGGAGCAAUUAAUGCAGGAGCGCAGAGAUGCCGCCGCGAGGGCGCACGAAGAGGCCCUCCUUGCAGCCGAACGCGAGGAGAACAAGAAGUUCCACGGCACACCGGUCACCCGAGAGACCUUCCUGAAAUGGCGGGAAGGGUUUUUGAGGGAGGUGGAGGAAGCCCGCCUCAGGGAGGAGGAAGAAAAAGCGGCAGAGAUGAAGAAGGCCAGAAUAAAAGAGCCGGCACGGCUCACCGGGAGGCAGUUGUGGGAGCGCGGUCUUGUCAGUGCUGGUCAGGAGGAUGUCGAAGAAGAUGGAGUGCCAGCCGACGAUAUGCAGAGGCUCAAGGUCGGUGAUAACUGA